AUGGCAUCACGCAAGUUCGUUGACCCCAUGACGCUGCUCCAGCUCGCGCCGGUAAUAUCAUCAUCCUGUUCGCUAUGGUACUCCCGAGACCAGCAAUUCUUCCUAUCCAACCUCAUCCAGCCAAAGCACCACAACCUCAGCAACCAGAUCCUGCCGCCCUACUUCCAGUCCUUCUUCUGGCCCGGCACAGCCGCCGUGGUCGGCCUGCUCGGCACCACCUUCUGGUCAUCUAUGGCCGUGCUGCGCUUCUCCGGCACGCUCCUGCGCGACCGCGACUCGUUCAACUGGUACGUGGCGGGCGCGUCGUUCGCCGCGGGCCACCUGCUCUUCGUGCCGCUGGUCGCGCCCCACGUGAAGGCCAUUUUCGACGACCGCAAGGAUGGGAAUGUUGACGAGCUGCGGGGUUGGUUGCGCGUCAAUGCUAUUCGCACGCUGACUGUCGAUCUCGCGGCCUGGGCUUGCUGUGUUGUGGCUGCCGUCAAGACUUUCUCCCCUUGA